ACUGGAAUAACAAAAUAAAGAGCAGUAAUUAGAUAUGUGCGUUACCUUUUCUUGAUGGGUUGUUUUUCAACUCUUGCUGGUAGUUCUAUGCUAAUAUGGCAAAGUGCAGUAUUUCAGGAGAAAAAUUCAUUAACUUUGUGUUCAGCCCUUGCAUCGGGUUGCUUGUUAGUCCUGAUGUUAAUGAACUGUGUCUGCGAGAUAAUCUGACUUUUGAGGAAUUAUUAAGGCCAUUUAGCCAACUGUCUAAAGAUGUAACGUUUAGAGACAACAACAACGUCAUCCAUUCUGUGAAAAACUUACAGCUAAAAUUUUUUGAUGUCAAUUCAUGUCUUUCGCCCAAACACAUAACACAGUCUUGGGUGCGAUACUUCGUUAACAUUUGCUCUACAGAUAAUACUGUCAGGUCUCAGAAGUUUUGUGAUGGGAGUCGGUCUGUAGUCGUUCCAACAUCUCUUCCAUGGUUUGAAGCAUGGCGUUAUCUGUUCAUAACUAAUUUACAGCCAUUUGAACAUGAAUUUAUCAGUCACAAUCUAGCCUGUAUAUUUGUUUUGACAACUGCACAUCCUGAUCCGAUUCGGGGUUUUACUGAACUAACUCAGAGCCAGUCCAAUCAACAACAUCAUCUUCCAGGAAGUCGUCCGUUUUGGUUUACAGAAAAUGUGCUUAAAUUUUAUGUAUUAUUACAUGAUGGUUCGUCGAAUAUCAAACAAAGCUGUGUUGACGAGUUAUUCAGCCAAGUGAAAACUACGUUUGGCGCUCUCAAUUGUCAUUUGUUAACCAUCUUCACUUCAUCGUCUGGAAGUGAAAAUUUAAGUAAUAACAUUUGCGUACCAAAUCACUUAUUAUUUAACAACCAUUAUCAAGCUAAUGGAAUAAUCAAUCAACCGAACACGCCAUCUACUAUCGUCCAUGCAUCAGAAAAUGAACCGCAUUCCGAUCCUUGGCUGCAUCAUCUGCUACCACAUGGCUAUAAACCCCAGCUAGAUCAUAAAUUAUUUCCACCCAGAGAUGCACCGAUAAAGUCAUGUAAUAAUCAAAUAAUAAAUGGAAACAACGAUCCAUUGACAGUUGAGGACUCCAGGGAAGCGUGUGGUCAAAUAUUUGAUCUUGGUAAAACAUCAUCUCUUGAUACAUGUUGUUUAUCUGCUUCAAGCAUUAGCUCCCAGUCCUCGUAUACAUUUUUACCCAGUCGUUAUAGCCAACCACAUGGACAACAUUUAACACAAGCUGAUCGGGAUCGUAUACACAUGUUUGUUUAUGAUUUCAGUGUACGGGCUCUUCUCCCUUGGGUUGAGAAAACAAUGCGUAGUCUAAACGAUCAGAUUGCGCAUCGAAUGCGUCUUUCGCGUUCUUUCUUUAAUGCCACUAAGAAAUUUUUUACUCAAGCUGUUGGUGGUGGUGGUGGUGGCAGCAACAACACUACAGUUAGUACUUCAAAUAACUUAACAACUUCAAGAAUAUAUCCUAAUCCAUCGCCUGUUGAAACGUCGGCGAACCAUAUAAGUAAUCCGUGUAGCCCAAUAAAUCCUACUAUUGUAAAUAAUUCGAAGGGAGAAUUAUCUUCCAAUACUAUAUUGACUCCUCAAAGUGUUUCAUAUGCAGCCCCAGCCAAUCACUCUACAAUUGUGUAUAGCCAAGAUUCACCUGAAUCUCAAAUGCGUCGUCUAGCUGAUUUAGCAUUUCUGUUUCAGCAAUAUGAAGUAGCCUAUCAGACGUAUAAUGUAUUAAAACGUGAUUUUCAAAAUGAUUCAGCUUGGUUACAUUAUGCUGGAGCUCAGGAAAUGUCUGCCUUAUCUGUUUACCUUCAAGGUGCGACAAGCCAACGUCAGUAUCCAUAUCAUCUCAUGGAUUCAGCUGUAACUACUUACCUUCAAUCUCAUUUAUCACCAGAACUUGCUUUACGAUCAACUCUGUUAAAUUUUGAAGCAUUAUGUAGUCGUGGUCUCUACAAUGAAGCUUCUGUGGCAUUGAUUCGACUAACUUCAGACGAAGAUGAUCUUAUCAGCGGUCUCCUCAUAGAACAAAUAGCUCAUUGUGUUCUAUCACUGAAACGCCCAAUGUUAAGAAAGUUUGCAUUUCGUAUGGCAUUAGCAGCACAUCGAUAUGCUCGGGCCAAACAGCCGCUUUUGGCAAUACGAAGUUACAAAUCAGCUAUGCCAAUUGUUAUGGGUCAUGGAUGGAGUUUAUUAGAGGAUCAUAUAAAUUUCAAUGUCGGUAAACAAGCUUAUCUUACUGGAGAUUUAAAUACAUCUUGUAAAGCUUUAGCAGAAACAUUGAAUUCAUCUAGUAGACAGUCUGCAGAACGUCAAUUGAUAUUUGUUAAAGAAUAUUUAUCAACAUUAACAAAUUUAUUAUCUACUAGAUGUGAUAAAGAGCAAACUUUACCAGAAUUCCCUUUACCAAUUAUUGAUCUUCAUAAUUUUAAAAUCAUCAUUGGUAAACCAUCGCAACAAUAUCAACAACAAGCUGAUAAUUGUAAUCAAGCAAAUUUACAUUCCGAUCUAUUCGUUGAAGCUCGAGGUGUACAGUUUUCGGAUACUGAAGAUGAUGAAAUAGUGAAUGAAGAUAUUGGUGACGAAUUAACACCUUCAUCAUUGUCACAAGUCAUCGAGUGUGAGAAUAUCGAUCCAUUCAAUAAUAUAGAAUUUCAAAAACUCACUAAACACUAUCAUAAUUGGAUGGAGGCCACAGACGUUAGCAGUAGCAGCAGUGAAGAAAGUUUGGUAGACGGUCAUCAUGUUGAUACUUGUUACAGAAACGGUGAUUGUUAUCCUCAUCAUAUGAAUGACAGUAAUGAUGAAUCUAGUUAUCGUGUUACUCAUAAAAAAAGUAUAUCAUCUCAAAGUAUGAUUUGUCAACAACUAGAGUAUAUUCUUUUCCAAACAACAUUACCAACCGAUGAGUCUAAGAAUUCGCAUUACUUCAAACGUGAUAAAAUUAUGUACACACCUCGUUCAAAGUAUAAACGAAUGCCUACAUUUCCUCUUGGUGAACAUUUAACUGUACGAAUAACACUCAUUAAUCCUAUGCGUAUUCCAUUAGUUUUCACUAAUGUUCAUUUAUUAUGGAUAUUUAAGUUGACAAAUUCCAUCACACAGUCAUCAUCUUGUACAGUGAAUACAAUUGAUCCAAAUAUAAUAAAUAAUUCAUCUUCUCACUAUCAUUUAUGUAAUAAUGUCAAUAAUGAUCAAGUAAUUAAUAUAACAAAUGAAAUUACAACUCAUUCCAAUUAUUCUUAUCCUCAUCAUCAACAAGAAAGACAACAUGAAAUGAUCAAUCAAUUUGUUUCUGGUGAAACUAUAAGUGAAUUUAUUAUGUUACCGGGAGAACGAAAAAAUCUUCAACUUAGUAUAAUCGCUAAACAAUUGGGUCAGAUAACUAUAACUGGCCUAGGAUUUGAAUGGAGCUAUCUAUCACCUCAUCAAAAUAGUGUUGAAAAUCACAUUAACACUAAUCAUUAUGUUAUUAAUUCACCAUCUAUUAUUGAAUCUGCGCCAAACUUAUUUUUAUCUACCACAACAUCAAAAUCAUUCAACAACAAUCUGUAUAUUGAUGGUAAAAAUUCAUCAGUUACGGAUUCAAUGUGUACUAAUCUCCCACCUCAUAUUACUACCAAUAGUGACAGUGUUCCAACUUCUAUUAGUGAACGUAAUUCUGUAAAAGGCAAAAUUCUAUUCAAUCAUAAAACGUAUAACAGUGUAAAUGAUAAUUCCAUGAUACGGCUACCGUUGGAUUGGUCAAUUACGCAUCCAGUUCCUUCUUUAAGAGUAUUUUUCAGCUCAUUCCCAAGCCAACUCUAUGAAGGUCAGAUAUGUUCAGUUCAAAUUUCACUAACUAAUAGCGGGUUAAUACCACUGACUAAUUUGCGUAUCGCAUCAAAUUGUCCAGGUUUAUUUGCGUUUGGUUCAAUUCCAUAUGAUCUGUCACCAAAUAAACAUAUUCAAUAUCUUUCAAUUCAGCCAUUAGAGCCAUGGAUUGAUGUUCCUUUUAGUCAGUCUUCUUUAAACAACAGUUACUGUACUGGUAAACAACCUUCUAUACUAAUGCCAGGUACAACUAUUACACAGAAAUUAUGGUUACGUGGUCCAUAUUUAACAUAUCCAUAUUCUCGUAGAAUGCAUCAUAACCCGAAAUCACAUCGUUAUCCUCAGCUCAUUUCAGCUUUACCAUCAUCAUCAUUAUCUAAUCAAAGUAGCUAUGGUAGUAACACUUCCGGUGUUGUAACUUAUGGUGGUCCUCCUACUGUUACUACUACAGUUCCUGUAACUUCUACUAUAAACACCAAUACUGGUCUUUUACAUCAUAUACAGCAGAAAACUGUGCAUAUUGUUUUUCAAUAUGAAUCUAUGAACACUUUAAGAAGUGACCAAAGGCAAAAACCAUUUUCUGGUUGUCGUUAUGUUCGCCAUCGUUCUGAACUUGAACUGAAACCAUCAUUGCAUUUUGAAGCUGUUGCAAAUUGUUUAAAUAUAACCGGCAUCAAUGAUUUGCUGAUUAGUGUACAAAUUAAAAAUGUUGUUAAUUCAACAGUUCCUAUAAAUUUUCAAAUUAUGCAGAUUGCUUGUAUUAGUCGUUAUUGGAGCAUAAAACCUAUUCAAUCAACUUGUAAUAUUGGUGAGUGUAAUAUAGUUUAUUUUUAACAUUUAUUAUUUUGACACUAUUCACUUUAUAGUAUUUUACAAAUACUGUAGUUGAAUAAUUGAAAUAAUCUUUUCAAGUUGAUAGUUUGUUUUGUUUUUUUGCUUUAGUUUUUGAUCAUCUCUAAUCUAACUUUCAUUCUUACAAGUCAUAUUUAAUAAUCUUUCUAAAAAUUAGACAUUCACUUAUAUAGAAAUGGUCGAUCCUUCUAAAAUGUCAUAUGUCUAUUGUGUGUACAUGUAGUCGAUUAAAAAUGCGGUAAAGUGGUUGUAGUUUUGAUAGACUUCUAAUCAGUUUUAAUUAUAAAAAACUUUGUUGAGCGAUUUAAAACAUAAACUUCUUUGGAGUUUUAGCUUAUUUACUGAGUUUACUAAUCGGUACACCAUCUAAAAAUCAAUUUGCUAACUUAGUAAUAUAUUGUAGUGUCGGUUGACAUGUUAAGCCCAUAUAUCUUAUUCUCGUUUUCAGACAAGUCAAUCUAUUCAUUCUAGUUGAGUCACAUUCCAACCUUGUUAUUUAUUCGCUUACCCAUCUUGACUGUUUUUAUAUGAGCGCUUAGAUGUGUGUACAUUCCUUACUGUAUUCAUCACAUGUCUGUAACUUACUUUUGUGUGACUAAAUAUUGAUUAACGCUCGACCAAAUAGAGUUGGCUUACCCACCAUCUCCACUGUGUGUCGUUUCGCUUCUCUCGAUUCUAUUCGCUGCAUAUACAAAAUAUAUGUACUCAAAAGUCCAUUCUCGUUAUUUGACUUAUUUAAUUCCGUUAUUGAUCAACGCCACUAAUGUCGAUGAUUAUAUACCAGGAUAGGCGACAUAUAUAUUUCAAUAACAACUAUUCAUACUACCUACCUGGAAUCAGAUCCCGGACCACUAAAAUAUCACCGGUUCAUGAAGUCAUAAACCAAAUUCUAAUCCUUUCAAGUUUGUUUAACAAAAAGCGUAACUGGUCAUUGGGUAAUAUUAGAUAAUGCCAUUUAAAUUAAUGCAAUCACUCUUCCAUCAGAUCUAGAUGUUUUGCUCUAUCUAUCUAUCUUUGAAAAAAAAAGUAUCUCUAUUUUCUGAUCCUUCGUGAAUGUGAUUUCCAGUUUUAUUUAAUUUACCGCUCAAACAAAAGACAAUUACAAUUAAACAUGUUAUUCAAUUUUUACCAUUUAACUGUCCAUAUAAAUUCGUUUGUCUAACGGAGAUAUUAACAUUGUUCUGUUUAAUCAUACAACUGAUUUUAAAUUGAAUAAAAGCGUUGAAUUUGAUAAGACUUUCAAUCAUUUCUACCUUGUUGUUGUUCACUACACAAUCACAAAUACAAGUUACAGUAUCGAUUGUCUUAUGUAUAGAUCAUCAUCUACUCAGAAAUUGUUGUUUCUUUGUUUUCACUAGUUGGUUGUGUACUUUUUUUUCCUUAAAAUGUUUACAUUUAUUGAUUUAAACUUAAUGACUUUUGUUUCACUCAAUUUCUUAUUCACAUAAAGUUGACUUAUGACAUUAUGAAAAGAUGAAAUCAAUAAAAACAAAUGCACGUUUUACCAUCUCUUCACUCUACAUUUUUAUAGUUACACUUUAAGUAUUUUUGUUAUAUCUUGGAUGUUGAUUUCUUGAUAUACCGCAUAUAACAGAGCACUAGAACACUGAAACUUUUCCAAGUCGCAAUAAGAAGACAGAAGACUGAUGAGAGAAAUAUUAUUCCAAACAGUGUCAAUCGUAGUAUUUAUAGUUUUUAGUAAGAACGAAAUCAUCAUUACAGUCCUCCAAUCCGCAUACAGGGGCUUAUUAGCAUUAUGCGAUCGGGAAGCUACAUGUAGGAAUUCUAGAAUAUUCUUCCGAAAGGUGACUGGAUGGAACGUCUUCGUCUCCUUCUGAGCCUCUUACAGCUUCCUCGAGUUCACUGGUGGUCCGUCGUCACAAUUUUAUACGAAUUCAAUCAUGAAUUUAUUGAAUUAAACGAGAAUAACAAAAAGAAAAAUAAUAUCAAAUCACAUGUAUCUCUCAUGUUAUUUUAUUUUUGAUCAACUUAAAUGUUUGUUUUUUUCAUGAUAACUCUUCAU